GAGUCCCGCACCCAGGCAAAGGCGGGCCCUGUUGCCUGGGCGACAGCGCCAUCCGCUGAGGGACUGUGGCGGCAGCCAAUGGAAGCCUGGGGAGGCGUGGCCAGCCGGGUCUCGCGCGGCCACCGCUGGGCUGGCAGGUGUCGGGUCCCUGAGCCCCCAGGAUGACCGGCGUGAAGCUCCUGUGCGUGGUGGCCGCGGUCGGCUGUUUGCUGGCACCCCCAGCCCGGGCCAACAAGAGCCCCGAGGACACCAGGUGCAAGUGCACCUGCCCGCCGUACAGGAACCUCAGCGGGCACAUCUACAAUCAGAACGUCUCGCAGAAGGACUGCAACUGCCUGCGCGUGGUGGAGCCCAUGCCGGUGGACGCGGAGGCCUACUGCCUGCUGUGCGAGUGCCAGUACGAGGAGCGCAGCAGCACCACCAUCAAGGUCACCGUCAUCCUCUACCUGUCGGUGGUGGGGGCCCUGCUGCUGUACAUGGCCUUCCUGAUGCUGGUGGACCCCCUGAUCCGGAAGCCAGACGCGUACACGGAGCAGCUGCAUAACGUGGAGGAGGACGAGGACGCUCGCCCCACGCCGGCCGCCGCGGCCCCCCUCGGAGGCCCCCGGGCCGGCUCCGUGCUGGGGCGCAUGGAGGGUGCCCAGCAGCGCUGGAAGCUGCAGGUGCGGGAGCAGAGGAAGACCGUCUUUGACCGGCAGAAGAUGCUCAGCUAGGCGGCUGGACGGAGCUGGGGCCUCGCCACCCACCUCGGGCCGCCCUCCCAGCCUUCCCUGGAAAGGCCUGUGGCACAGCCUCCGCCUCCUCUGCGGCAAGGUCCCCGGCGGUCGCAGCCCAUGGGGAGGGAGGCAUUUGGUGCUGCCCUUCCUGCUCCAAACAUCUGGAAUGUUCUCACCUCUGGAGGGCGGCGCCGGGCCAUCGCCACUCCGUGGGGCGGACAGCCACCGGCAGUCAGCACACGGGGACACUGGCCCCCUCCUUCCCCACGGUCCCCCCCCCCAGCAAGCUGGGCCAUGCCCUUGUGGGCAGCCACGGCCCGGGCCCUCACCCCACCUCAGGACGCCAGGCGGCCCCACCUCCCGUGUCUGCGAAGCUGAGCCAGACGGUGGUGGCACCACAGGACACGAGAGGCUCUGCGCGCCCCAGUGCCCAAGCCCGGGUCCCCACCGGUCCCCGAGCCCCCCGUGCCUGAGCAUGGAGACGGACAGAGCUCAUGUCGUCCGUAGUCUGUAAUCACGGAAGCCACCAUUAAAUUGUUUCUCUCACUC